AUGCUUGGUGGAUUUCUAAAAUUAACUUUAUUCCUUCAUGUUGUAUUCAUGUUCGUUACUCUUCUAUGGCAAGUAGCAAUUGCCGAAGCUUCGUCGAACUCGGCUACUGACAAGAAUCUGGGUGUAUUAAAUAAAGAUGCAACUCAUUUGUUAACUCCUCUUCAACAGCAAAUUGACAAACCACCUGCUCGUACUCGUACACGUCACCGAAUCUUCCGAAAAAAGUUACAUCCGAGCAAAUUAACCAAUUCGAAACACGUUCUUCAAUCAACAGAUGAUCGCCUCAAGCGUUUUCGUAUGUUGGAUACCGAGGAAUUUCAAGAAAUGUUGAAAUCAAUGAGUCAACAACAAUCAUCAGAACAACCAACAGGAUUCAAUAACAUAGAUACAAUCGAUGGCAUUCAGCUCGAAAAUUAUUGGUCGCGUAAAUAA